AUGGGCGACAUAUCACAGAAGAAGCGCUACGCCAUCGUCGGCACUGGUGGCCGCUCAAGCUUCUUCUACACGGCCAUCGCGCAGGACUACAACAGCACGUCGAUCAUCGUCGGGCUUUGCGACACCAACCAGACGCGCAUGAACUAUGCCAACUCAAAGCUCGAGGAGCUCGGCCACGGGGAAGUCCCGACCUUCCUCGCCGCCGAAUUCGACCGGAUGAUCAGGGACACGAAGCCGGACGAGGUCAUCGUCACGACCGUGGACCGGACGCAUAACAUCUACAUCGUGCGCGCCAUGGAGCUGGGCUGCAACGUCGUGACUGAGAAGCCCAUGACCAUCGACGGGCCACGAUGCCAGGAUAUCUUCUCGGCGGUCGAGCGGACGGGGCAAAAGGUGCGGGUGACGUUCAACUACCGAUACGCGCCGCACAACACAAAGAUAUUCGAGGUGAUCCGGUCGGGGGCCAUCGGCACCGUGACGAGCGUGCACUUUGAGUGGAUGCUCAACGAGAACCACGGCGCCGACUACUUCCGCCGGUGGCACCGCGAUAAGCGCAACUCAGGCGGCCUCCUCGUGCACAAGUCCACGCACCACUUCGACCUCGUCAACUUCUGGCUGCAGACGCGGCCGCGGACAGUGUACGCGCAGGGCGACCUCAAGUUCUAUGGGCGCGAAAACGCCGAGGCGAGGGGGGUGACUAGGUUCUACACGCGCGCCCACGAGAGCGAGGCGGCCAAGGACGACCCGUUUGCGCUGCACCUCGAGGCGAACCCGCAGCUCAAGGCCAUGUACCUGGACGCGGAGCACGAGGACGGCUACCACCGCGACCAGAGCGUGUUCGGCGACGGCAUCAGCAUCGAGGACACGAUGAACCUGCUCAUCCGGUACCGCAACGGCGCCGUCAUGACGUACUCGCUGACGGCGUACGCGCCGUGGGAGGGCUUCCGCGUCAACUUCAACGGCACCGGAGGCCGGCUCGAGGUCGAGGUCGUCGAGAAGAGCUACGUCAACUCGGGGGGCAGCCAGGCGCUGGAAGGGGCAAUUGAGAAGAGGACCAUGCUCCUGCGGCCGCUGUUCGGCCCGCCUCAGGAGAUCGACCUGGGCGAGGCCAAGGGUGCUCACGGCGGGGGCGAUCUCGUCUUGUUGAGGGACCUAUUUGGAGAGCCGGUGUCGGACGAGUACAUGCGCGCGGCCAGUCACAUCGACGGCGCGGCAUCUAUUCUGACCGGUAUCGCUGCCAACAGAUCCAUCGCCACGGGGCAAGUUGUCAAUGUGGAUGACAUUCUCGUGGUCCCUGAGAAAUGA